AUUUUCAUACAGUACCUGUAUGAAAAUAUUCUGCUGAUUGGUGCGUUAUUAAAAAAAUCUCUUUUAUAUAUCUGUGCCUUACAACUGAGGCAUGGUGAUUGCUCUUUGGUUAAAUGUCACAGUCCUGGUUCACAUACCUUAAAAUGUGCACCGCUGUGCUUUUUCAAAACGACAAGAAUUUCAACUGGAAAAAGAAAAAAAAAAGUAAGUUUUAUACGAAAGAAAGUAUUUAUUGACAUUUUUAGUCGCUUGAUUAAUUUGAAUCGUGGAGAAAAUUACCUUCCUGAGCAAUGGAUGAAUUUAAAACUUCCAGAUUUUCAAAAUCUGGCAUCUGCAUUCUCAGUGAAUGCAGAAUUUACUGACUGGCGCAGAUUCUUGGUAGCAGCAGCACAACCUUGGCCAGUGCCAUCUGUGACACAACUCCUCAAAACACUGCGUAGCUUCAAGGCUGUUGAUGAAGCCGGAUCAGGCUUUGUUACAAAGGAAUACUAUAUGCAGAUUGGCUUAUGGUUUAAUGGAAAUGAAGAUCCAAGCAUAACAAAAAGUUGCACACAGUCUAUGUCUUUAGAUAGGCUAAAACGCCUCAUAAAGUUUUUCUUCAGUUUAUUUGCUGAUACCAGGAAAGAUCCUGCUCUGCUCGACUACACUGAGAUGCUGCUUUAUUUUGCCUCCCACUCUGAUCCAGUUGAAGGUGUAUACAGAGCACUUAGCGUUGCUACUGGAACAUACGUUCACAGAAAAAAGGAAGCCUCUCAUCCAUGUGCGGAUUCUCCAUUGUCAAAUGAGAGGACUUCAAUAGAAAAUGAAAAAGAAAUCUUGAGUUACACAGGUGGAGGAGUAAUUUCAGUGGCAGCUCUAUUCAAAGUGUUUCAUACUGGAGGAAGAAAAGAUCAAGAUAAUCAUAAAUUUAGCAAUUUGGAGAAGACAGGCAACUAUGAUGAGAAUUUCAUUAAAAUAUACAAAGAAUUAGGCACUGAAGAUCUGACACCUAUUCCAGUUGAACUCCUUUUGAUUCACUCUUUCAUGAAAGACUUGAUUAACAGCUACCAAGGAUACAAACUUCAUGACAUUAAAAGCUUUCUCCAAAGACCUAAACAAGCACAAUCUACUGAUGGGGGGAAAAGGCAUGUAAGAACAUCAACUGUUCAAACAUACAUUCUUAGGAGGCAAAUACAGUUUUCUGAAAAAUACCUUUUUCCUGUUCUGCCCUUGGCUAAUGGAACAGGAAAUAGAAGGUUUCAGCUUCUCUUCUAA